GUGCUCAGCCUGGUAGCACCAAUAUCCCAGCUGACCUGCUUCAGCUUCUGUUUUGUACUAAAGAAGAUGGCGGCGUCCAAGGUGAAGCAGGACAUGCCUCCUCCGGGAGGCUAUGGCCCCGUUGAUUACAAGAGAAACCUUCCAAAACGAGGACUCUCCGGCUACAGUAUGUUCGGCAUUGGCGUUGGUGUACUGGUAUUUGGAUACUGGAGGCUGUUUAAAUGGAACAGAGAAAGGAGGCGGUUGCAGAUUGAGGAGUUGGAAGCCAGGGUAGCUCUUAUGCCACUGCUGCAGGCGGAACAUGACCGGAGGACCUUGAGAAUGAUGAGGGAAAAUCUAGAAGAGGAAGCCGUCCUCAUGAAAGAUGUCCCAGGCUGGAAGGUCGGUGAGAAUGUGUACCAUACAGAUCGCUGGAUAACACCUCCCUCAGAGGAGCUGUUCAACCUCAGACCCCGUGAAGAGCUUCUCCACAAACGCUUUGGGUUCCAGUGGUAUGUUUAGCAUCUGUCUGGAAGGAUAUCGUACUGGACUGUCAAUGAAACGACAGCCCCAUGCUGAACCUUGUAAAUGUACAAUAAAGUAUGAUUUUUCUGUAACGUA